CAUCCGACAACAUUAAUUCCUCCCUACACGCGACUCCCGGGCCUAACCUCGACCCCAUCCCUCGAAGAAGAACCCAUAUAUCUACGCGUCCUCAGCACGUCCUCCUCGACCCUCGACGACACCCUGAACCGGUGAACCAACCCGGCUCUUCGAACCAGCCGACUCCCUCCUUCGCCCCCCUCCCCCCCUUACCCUCCCCCAAACGCCGCCGCCGCCAUGCCGUCAGACCUGUCCAACUACCUCGCGACGCGGUACCUCGUGGCGGACCCGAAGCCCUCCAAGAAGCGCAAGCGCAAGCCGGCCGGCGGCGACGCCGCGGGCCUCAUCAUCGCGGACGACGACGAGUCCGGGUGGGCGAGCCGGGGCGACGACGGCGCGGACGGCGAGGGGGCCGCCGUCGUGGCCGGGACCAGCGCGGAGUUCCGGCGGGCGAAGAAGUCCGGGUGGAAGGCGGUGGGCGGCGCGGCGAAGCCAGCAGACGACGGCGACGCCGCGGAAGCAGCCGCGGUGCUGGCGUCGGCGGCCGCCGAGACCGCAGCCGAGACCGCGGACGCGGACGCGCCGGUGCUCAUGUCGGACGGGACGCACGCGGGGCUGCAGAGCGGGGCGGCGGUGGCGGCGCAGCUGGAGGCGCGGCGGCGGGCGGAGCGCGAGGACUUUGAGCGGUCGCGGCGGCGGCGGGGAGGCGGCGACGGCGAGGCCGGAGACGAGGAGACGGUGUACCGCGACGCGACGGGGCGGCGCGUGGACGCGAGCAUGCGGCGGGCGGAGCUGCGGCGCGAGGCGGAGGCGGCGGCGGCGAAGCGGGCGGCGGCCGAGCGCGCGCUCCGCGGCGAGGUCCAGGAGGCGGAGGGGCGCCGCCGCCGCGAGCGCCUCGACGACGCCAAGCUCAUCCCCGUCGCGCGCCACGCCGACGACGCCGAGAUCAACCGCGAGAUGCGCGACCAGGUCCGCUGGGGCGACACCAUGGCUCAGUUCAUCGGCGGAGGAGGAGGGGGGGGGGGAGAGGGGAAGGGGAAGGCGGAGAAAGGGAAAGGGAAGAAGAAGGACCAGGAGAAGGGCAGGCCAAUAUAUCAGGGCGCCUGGGCGCCGAACAGAUACCAGAUCCGCCCCGGAUACCGCUGGGACGGCGUGGACAGGAGCAAUGGCUUCGAGGCGGAGAGGUUCAAGGCGAUUAACCGCCGCGAGCGGAAUAAGGGCCUCGAGUAUGCGUGGCAGAUGGAUGAGUGAAGUGGGAAAAGAAAGGGG